AUGAUGUGGACCAACUCUGUCCUUCUCACCCUCGCCGGGGUGACCCAUGUCGCGUCGCAGUCAUUCCAGCAAACGCCAGUGAUGGGCUGGAACUCGUACAACCAGAUGUCAUGUAGCCCCAAUACCCAAAAGAUAACUACCACCAUCAACUCUCUCUCCAGUCGUGGCUUUGUUGAUGCAGGCUACAAGUUCUUCCAAAUCGACUGUGGGUGGGCCUCAAGAGAUGGACAACGUAACGCGACGAGCGGCGCUUUAAAGGUGGAUCUCAAUGCCUUUCCAGGCGGCUUGAAGCCUCUGAGUGACCUUGCAAGGUCCAAAGGCAUGAAGUGGACCAUGUAUUCGGAUGCUGGUGUGCGCAUGUGCGACCCGCAAGCACCAAGCCCUGUCUUAGGCUCCUUGGGCCACGAAGCUGCGGAUGCCGACUUCUUCAAGACGCUGAACACCGAAUACGUCAAAUACGACAAUUGCUAUGCCGAUGGACCUGCAGCCAGCCAGAACGCCCCCAAAAACGCCAGGACCGAUUUUGUCUCUCGCUUUGGCGUCAUGUGGAAAGAACUUCAACGAGUCGGCAUCCCUGGACUGCUGAUCUGCCAAUGGGGUGUACCUUUCAGCACAUCCACUGGCUUACAAGGACCUGUUCAGUGGACUAAGGGCAUCUCUACAUCCUUCCGGCUGUCGGAUGACAUCACGUCAGGUUGGGCGUCUAUGUUCCGCAUCUACAAUCAAGCCGUACACAUUGCGAAGUCCGGCCUAGUAGGCCCCGGACAUAUCGCCGAUGCUGAUCUACUCAUGGUGGGCAAUUCUGGUAUGACGUUCGACGAGCAAGCUACUCACUUCGCUGCAUGGGCCAUGUUGAAGUCGGCGCUGAUGAUAUCGACUGAUGUUCCAGCUUUAUCAAAUGAGCUUGUUGCUGUUCUGCAGAACAAGGACCUGAUUGCUAUCAAUCAGGACUCAGCUGUCAAGCCGGUCACGCUCCGCCAGCGCUGGAGUGGAGAUCGAGACCUUUGGGCCGGCGAUCUUGCCAAUGGAGAUAUGGCUGUCCUAGUUGUAGAUAUCAGCAACACUGCUCGUACGCUGAGCCUACAGCUUUCUGAGCUUGAUAUAGCUUCGGCGUCUAUCAAGGAUCUCUGGACUGGUACGACUAUCAGCGGAGCUUCUCUUUCCAAACAAGUCAAAGCCCAUGGAUCUCUCGCCAUCCGUCUCUCCAACAUUCGCCGCUCGACAGCUACGAAGCCCACUUAUACAUUCGUCUCCGCAUCGACUGGCUCCCUCUCUUCGGGUGCAAACACCCAAUCCUGUUCCGGCUGCACCUCUUCUAAUAAAGUCGGUAACCUGGGUGGGUCUUCGAACGGCCGUGUAACGAUCUCCAAUAUUCGCACGUCCAAAGCUACACAGACAGUGCUUUUUGACUAUAUCAAUGGCCAGGUUGACUACAUGGGCGGUAGCAACGAGCGCGUCGCAGCGGUCAGCGUGAACGGAGGAGCCGCGAAGACUGUCAGCUUUCCUUUGAGCGGGUACAAUUGGGAUAAAGAUGUGUACAAGAGUUAUGGCGUAGAGUUGUCGGGCUUCAGCACUACAGGUACUAACACCAUCACCAUCUCUGGUGUCGGAAGCGCACAGCAAAGCCCGAUACACAACAUGCAGCUCCAGCACCUUAUCCCCGCCGCGUUCUUCUCAGCCUCGGCUCUAGCGGCAACGUUCAACGGCUUCUCUGACACCGCCUGCCAGCGCUACGACGGCACAUACAUUCCCGUCACAGCAGCUCAACUCCAAGAUCUCGUCGUCCAGGAAUGGGCAACCACGGAUGCGGUUCCAGAAGCAUCUCGCUUCCUGACCACACCUGAUGACAAGAAGAAAUGCCCUUCCAACGAAGAUGAUACAUAUAGAUGGGUGAGUUUGCACGAUCUCGGCGUGCUGCCUUAUAUCAACACUUUGCAUCCUUGGUGUAUCCAAAUUCCACAAUGGGAGCAAGGCAGCCAGUUUCCUGCAGGAAACGGUGGCGCGGUCGCAGUGGUUUACUAUAAGGACACAGACACCUAUAGCCUCUGCAGGUACCUUGCUGCUGCUCAGCAAGAUGGAUAUGCAGGCAUGUGCAGAUAA